CGACCUGUCAUCACGCCCUUUGGCUCGUCGCUCGUGCGCUCUCAGUUGUGGCCUCUGCGUGUUCGGGUGACAGACAGACAUACAGACAGUCAGAGUGACUGACUGCUACAACCCAGCACGGAAUGGCGGCGCCCGCACGGAGGCUGGGGGAACGCUCAGCGGCCUUCUUGACAGUCCUGUUGGCCUGUAGCGGCGCCCUCACUCAGGAUCUUCGAGAGGGCGAGACUUGCUCUCCGGCUAACCCUGGAGGGCUGGCCCCGCCGGACUUCUUCACGGUCUUCGAGAAUGCCUACACUCUAAUUCUUGAGAUGACUGAUGUGACCGCUAACAUGACUUACUACGUGGAAGAGGUACGAGAGCGGCGUAAUUACCACGGCCUGACGAGCGAUACCGCAGCAGUGUACAUACGCGACAACGGGUCGGAGAUCAUCUACCAUUACUACCCGGAAACAGACACCUUCGUCGAGCAGUUCAAUGACCAGUGCCGGGACUCGGGGCUGGACCGACCGAGCUUCGAUCCCUGGGGCUGGUUUGACACUGAGCACGGAAAAUCGUAUGGGCCGGCGACGCUACUACGCCUGACUCACUUUUUCGAAAUGGAGUUUGUGACGGAGACGGAAAUUGAUGGUGUUGACGUCGAGCGCUACAGAGCUUGUGAAGCAGAAGGCCACGUGGAACUGUAUUAUGCGUAUUCUAAGGUCCCAUGGCAGAUGCCGGAGAUCUCGUGGUUCCCCGGCGAGGACGACCGAAUUCCCGUCGAGUUCGAGGUCACGAUGACGGACGAGUCGAAGGCCUACCAGUACCACGUGUUGAAGUUCGUUCCCUGGGUCGAACACCAGCAUUUGCUUGAGGUUCCCCGUGGGUUGUCCUGUGAAGGUUUAGUGGGCGUGGUCUCGGAUCUGCCCGUGCCCGACAUACCCAGCCAUUUUUCCCUUGCGGAGGAGGUCGUCUCCAACCCUAUGAUAGACGGAGUGAGCUUAGGGUCUCAGCACCUGGACAAGAUCAAGCUUGCCUACGCCGAGGGUUUGUCCCUGGUUCGCCUCGAUGUUGUGCCGCCUAAUACCAUCCCCGAGAUUACAGAUCACGUGGUUGAGGUCGUCCACGAUUUCAAUACAGGAGCUCAGUACACAAUCGACCGUGAAUUUGGCAACUGUUCUCUUGAUCGGAUUCCAGAUUCCACUUUCGACACUCAUUUUGGAGGUAUGCUGGGAGCAGGGGGUUCCAUGCUCGGCCCCAACGAACUGUUCCACCUGGACAAAACCUACGCGUACGUGGGCGAGCGAUCCACACGCCAAAUCGGGAGUGACAUGUGGACCUCCACUCGUGAUGACAUUCCAGAUCCCAACGUCGGGUAUGUGGAGAACUUUCCCAAGGCGGUUCUCGAGUAUUACUUCGCUCAGGGCCUUGAGGUGACCCCCGCCAACAAAGUGCCUAUCAAGAUGCCCAUUCGAGGAGAUCUCUUCACCUACAACCGGUCAAACCCCUUGCAGGCCACGGGUAUGAUGACCACCAACUUUUACGACUUCAAGGAGGUGGCUCUGUACACCGAGACAGAGUUCAGUGUGGAGGAAUGCUACGAGCGCUGGAGUGAUCGAUGGUCAUAUCUCAUUAUCACCUUCCCUGCCGCACAUAAGAACCAGUUCGAAGCAGCCGAGAAGAAGCAAGAUUUAUUCAAGCAUCAAGUUUUCGAUCUCAUCAUAACCAGAGGAGAUAUUUCUCCCGUUCGGAUUGCGUCCAUUGAGGUGUCAGAGGGAGUCUCCGGCCUGGUGCCCAACACAACAGACGCAGACCUGAUAAUCGUCUCCGUGAAGCUUCUUGAGAGAGCUCCCUACCUCCUCUCCUACAGGGUACAAACGGACGAACCAGAGCAGUUCCCCGGCGUCAACGAGAAGAGUUUCGAAAACAUUAACAGCGAAGAUUGCGCUAAAAUGUGUACAGAUGAACGUGGAUUCCAGUGCAAGUCCUUCCACCACUGCGACGACAGAUUCUGCUUCCUGAGCGCCCUCGACACCGCCGACGGCAAGCCAGUCGACACGGUGAACAGAUGCCACCACUGGAUUUCCAGCAUUGACAACCAAACGUUCGCCGAUCUGCCGUCGACCGAGGUUUACUCUGUUAUCCUGGACGCUAUUCGACACGGGAAGUUUAUCUUCAGUAUUCCCUACAAGAAUAACACCGUUGUAUACGAGGCCUCCAUGAGCUUCCACUACAGGACCCCCGACCCCCUGGACCCCAUCAGGAUGCAGUUCACCCUCGAGGCUCGCAGUAUGACCAUCACGAAGGUUGACUACAUUCAAGACGGGUUGAGGAACCUGGACGAAUGCCUGACCCUCUGCGUGGCCUAUAAAGCUUUCCGCUGCGAGACCGUCGUGCACAAACCUCUGGACCAGCAGUGCAUGCUUCUCGCCUCCCACUUUCACGAUAUAAACUCUUCUUACAUCAAGCCGGAGAGUGAUUCGUGGAUUCAUUCAAGGUCUUACCUGGCCGACUACAGCCCUGUCUUCGGCGGCGUGGCUCUGAACACCUCAGGUCCUACGUAUGAAAAUGUGGAUCACCUGGAGGCGUGUGCUAGAUAUUGCUCACAAGAAACGAGCAUCACGUGCCAGAGUUUCGAGUGGUGUCACGAGCAACGCCUGUGUCAUCUACAUCAAGAGCAUUUCCUGGACGUGGUUGACGGAGGCAACUACGGCGUUGAUACUUCGUGCAUCCACUUCUCCAAGCGAAACGACCAGAUGUUCUCGCGAUAUCCCCAUCAAGGACUGGCCAACGACAAACACAGACUGGUUGCCUUCAAGACGGACGUUUCCAGCUGCGCCAAACUUUGUGUCGAAGAAAGUGACAUGACCUGCCAGAGCUUUGACUUCUGCACUAUAUGCGGAGACGACGAAUACAACGUCUGCGGGCAAGACAACUCCGGGCUCGACCAACUUGUGUUUCUUGUCCAACCACCACCUGGGCGAGGACGGAAUCGCUCUCACCCCUGCCACCAGUUGCGAACAUUAUUCCCGUGAAGUUUUUGGUGACGUUGACUACCCUACUUGGGUCUCCAGGCAGAGAAAGUCUGACAAUCCAUACACUUCAGGCGACAUGACGGGAUUGGCCUUCGGCAUGAUCUUCCUGGGCAUCCUGGUCGCCGUGGCCUUCCUGUUCGGCCUGACCUACGCCAAGCCCUCGUCAGUGCCCAAGGAUUUCGCCAUCAGCUUCGUCAACCUCAAGACGGGCGAGUCGGAUAGUUAGUUAGUUAGCUCUCGCGGCGACGGGCGGCGGCGGCGGCGGCGGUGGGUUCGUUUGGGGGUUUGAGGAGGAAGGAAUGACGAGUAGUCUUCGCUUGUUUCUCGUUGGGUUGACUGGCUUUUUUUUUUUUUGCUUUUUUUCUCUUCUUUUCGUUUCGUUUCUUUUCUUUUGAUGUCUUUUUUUGUUUCUGGUUUUGUUUUCUUACUUUUUUUUCCAUUUUCUUUGUUU